AUGCUCAGCACAAUUCGCACCCUCGCGGCAGCGCGGCGACUGCCAUCAGCACUCAGCACGCGCCUACUCACGACCGGCGGCGGAGCGCCACGGGAUCUAGACACGUCGUCAUCACACACGGUGUCUCUUGCAGAGCUGCAAAAGUUCACAUCGGUCAGCAACGAGUGGUGGGACACGCAGGGGGCAUUCAAGUACCUGCACACGAUGAACCGGACGCGCACGCAGUACAUUCGGUCGCGGCUGCGCGACCUGCACCCGGAGCUGGCGCGGCUCACGGGCCGGACGAUUAUCGACGUGGGCUGCGGCGGCGGGCUGGCGUCCGAGGCCUUGGCACGUCUGGGCGCCCACGUCACCGGCGUGGAUGCGGCGCAGGAGAACAUUGCAGUGGCGCGGAUCCACGCGCAGCAGGAUCCAGGGCUGGCUGGCAAUCUGGUGUACAGGCAGUGCACGGCCGAGCAGGUGGUGGCGGAGAAGCAGCAGUUCGACGCGGUGGUCUCGCUGGAGGUGAUCGAGCACGUCAGGGACCCGGUGCAUUUCGUGCACUCGCUGGUGGAGCUGGCGAAGCCCGGCGCACCGAUCUUCAUCUCGACAAUGAACCGCACGGUGCUGUCGCUUUUGGUGGACAUUGUGGUGCCCGAGUACAUACUGAAUAUGGUGCCGAGGGGCACGCACCAGCACAGCAAGUUUAUUGCGCCCGAGGAGCUGACCGAGAUCCUGCAGGCAUUGGGCACGCGGGUUCUGGACGUUCAGGGGCUGGUGAUGGAUCCGAUUAUGAACAAAUGCCACCUGGUGGACAGGGAUAUGGGGCUGGUGCGGAAUGCAGGCGUGCAGGCGAAUUAUAUUAUGAUGGCUAGGAAGAACUAG